AUGACAAUGGCUGCUUCGCCAGCUAGUCUUGAGGAGUGGAGGAACAGACUUUUUCAUGUAACGGAGGUGAUGACACUGACCGAGCAGGAGUAUUGCCCCUUAUCUACAACGCACCCCACCACCCCACUACAAUUUUUGAAUCGGAUCAACGCUAACUGUUUUUCUUUCUCUUCGGCUUGAUGCAUUGGCGGAAGCAGAUGGAUCACAUAUUGGCCUUACGUUGACAAUAUCUGGCAUCUUCCCCCCCACCUUAUUAACCAGUACUGCGUUGCUGAGAAAAUUAAUCAGGUCUCAUCGAUCUACGCAAAAGUCCAAGAAAGGACCUUUUCAAACUCAUUACUAUGAUUGCCGUCUCAAAGGGAGACCGCCGGGGACACCGCAGAAUCAAGAUCCAAAUAAAAAGAAGCGGAAGCGGGCUGCAAGGGAAAGGGACCUAUGCGAUAUGAAGAUAAAGGUAUUGGAGACGAUAGUGGAGGAUGGAAGCGGUGCAGGGAAGACAUUUACUAUUGAAAGAGUGAGAAAGGAAGGGCUCCCGCAGAGAGCGAGGAUCGGAGACCCAGCAGACGUUGGAGGCGAGAGCUCUGCGCCAGAUGGACAGGUUCUCGAGCAGCAGCUGGAAGAUGUUAUGGGUUUAGGAAUGGGGGAUGAACUGCAGCUGAAUGACUCAGGAGCAGGGGAUGGCCCGCACUCCCUAGGCAUACUAGCAUCCAACAAGGCUGUGGAUAUGGACCAAUAUGGAAUCCCAGGACUGCUAGGCGAGGUCCACCGACAUACGUUGGAGGAAAGUGAUCGUAUCAAGAAAUGCACAGUAGAGCGUGAAGGCAUCAAGCGCCAGAAAGAAAUGAAGAAAGUACAGGUGAGUUUAGCUCAGCUUUGCCAAUCUAUUCAUUGAUCGCUAUUCCCUUUCCCUCUCCAAUUCCUUUUCACACACCCCCCGUGCGCUCACGUCAGUUUCCUCCGGGGAAAGUGGUGUGAGCCUACACUAUAUCAUUAUACCCGAGGCUGCCGUUCCGGAAGCGAUGUCAUUCGUCUCCAGGUAUUGCUUCUCGCCUACGCAAUAUCACCACGCACAAUACAUGAUAAUCUAUGCUCACGCAAUGACGCUAUUUUCACCAAUCUCUUAUGGUUGGAUUCCCAGCAACCCCCCCUAAGCUUCUAUAUCAUUUCUAUGAUUUCCCACGCAUAUCAUGCGAUCAACUUUAUUCCAGCGCCAACUGGAAUCCAAUUCCCUUAAAAUCCUACCCAGCCCCAUAAGCACCAGGGAUAUGUCUGUUGACAGAUCUCCAAACUCACCUCCUCGGGGAGGUAUGUUUGGUGGGAAAUAUUCGCAGAAAACCUACCAUAAGAAAGCAUCAGGCCAAGCAUUACAGACGGUAAAGCGACACUCGAAGCCUAACGAGUUGAAGCUAUUUGGAAGUUGUUUCUGGUUUGUAUUCUCUACCUUACUAGCUUCUAACUCUGCUUCGUUUCUGAGGAAAGGGAACACAUCCCUCGCAUUUCCAAUCAGGCAGCAACAAUCAGUCGUCUAGCUAGCCUCCAUUUGCUAACUUUGAUUACCGAAUAGCCCCUUCGUUCAGAGAGUAUGGAUCGCACUUGAAGUCAAGGGACUUAAUUACCAAUACAUUGAGGUUGAUCCAUACAAGAAGCCUCAAAGUUUGCUGGAAAUUAAUCCAAGAGGGCUAGUUCCAGCAUUGAAACAUGGAGAGUAAGUUUCUUCACAACGAGAUUUCGGCGGUCGAGGAGCGUAGUCCAUGCAAUAAACCAAAUCAAAUUUGGGUUUCUAAUGUUUUUUGUUUUUGUUUUUUUUCCGAUGAUUUAGUUGGGGGUGUUACGAGAGUACCGUUCUACUGGAAUACCUAGAGGACCUCGAAGUCGGUACGGCCUUACUCCCCCAGCACCCGCAGUUGAAGGCAACAUCAAGGCUUUGGGUGGACCACGUAAACACACCCCUGUUUUUCUGGUUCCAGAUGUCUAUUUAGGAUGGAAUUUACAGAACCUGGGCACAGGUAAACCGUAAUAUCGUACCGGGGUUUUACCGCUAUCUGCAGGCGCAGGAACAAGGGAAGCAGACUGAAUACGCUGAAGAGCUAAGGGUUGAGGUCAGUCAGUUCACUACCCCCGAUACGACGAAAAGAGAAAGUGGACAAAAAAAGGACGGAAGAAAAAAGAGAAAACAAAGGGGAAAAAAUGGCAUACCAUACGGUAUCGCGCAGUACCCGAUGCAAAGCACGGUGCUAGCGGCAAGCCAACCCACAUGGCAGACAGCGUGACCCAUUUUGCUAUUCAGCGGCAUGUCACAUCUGCCGAGCUUCUCACAUCUCGCACCUUGCCGACAGUGGGACCAAGAUUGCAAAUCCUGAAUUCCCAUCAGAUCUGACUGCCACACCUUACACUUGACAUGUGUGGAUCACUGACGGUUCUGCGCUAUGCAUUGCAGAUCUCCAAAAUUGUUGACGCAGCAGAUGCUGCUGGUCCGUUUUUCCUGGUGAGCUCCAAUCCCGUGUCUAACCAGGGUUGCUCCACCCAUACCCCCGAAAUCCCGGGAGAGAGUCUUGCUAAGACAGCCAACCUGGGGGGAGAGCUUAAAUUUAUUUUUGGACUGACAUAUCCUCUGUGCGAUGGCGGUCACAGGGUCCAUACGUAACCUUUGUUGAUGUCUCAAUCGCUCCUUGGUUACUCCGGCUAUCAAGAGUCCUACAUCCAUACCGAGGCUGGCCUGUGGCCGACCCCGGCAGUAGGCUGGGGAUUUGGGUUAACGCGUUAGAGUCGAGUGAAGCUAUAAAGAAUACCGUGAGCUCUAGUGAUCUUUACCUGGAUUCGUACGAGAGAUACGCUGGUACGUCACGUGGCAGCCCCGUUGCUUUACUACAUCCGAAAGGGUUUUCGAAGCAAUGUGAAGGAAGGCAUGCAAUUGCCAGAAUAAAUAACGUUUGAUGAUCGAGUGACGAGGGGAAAGAUCAUUACAGUCACUGACUAUCACAUUUUUCACCUAGAGAAUCGCCCCGAUACCAGCCAGGUCGCGAAAGCGGUAAAUUCUGGUAGAGGGCUACCCUAAGUGUGGUUGAAAAAAAUUGAUAUGAUGAAAAAGGAGGAUGGGUUAAUUUUUAAUCACUUGUUUCUUUUCUAUUAUCGUUUCCUUCUUUGAGGACGAUGGGAGGACUCGGAAAAGGGUUGCGGUUUCCUUGUUCUUCCCUUCUUUGACGAGCAAGGAAUUUGGGGGGAGAGAGCGCACAGUACAAUUAGGGAUACAAAAAUUUACCGCGAGUGCUGUU